CCGGUUUGCCUCAUACCAAAGUUUAGAAAGAGUGAGAGGACAGCUUCAGGGUGGCUGUCUUAGACGGAAAGACCAGCAGACAGGGGGGGAGGCAUCUUUAUUGAUUUUCUUUUUGCUCCCCAUCAUUCCUGGUUUUUAUAAGCUUAUUUUUCUCUUCAGUGGAUUACGUGGAUCUAAAUCCCUGGAAAUAACUGGGAUACUGUUUCUUUGCUGAAAGCUAUGGUGGCGUACGAUGAAGGGGGUAUCUUGGUGCCUAUCAAACGGACUCUGCAAGUGAUAGAUCACCAGAACCAAGCCAACAAAGAGUCAGAGGAACCCAGCAACAAACGUGUCCGUCCUCUCGGCAGGGUGACGUCGUUAGCCAACCUUAUCUCUCCGGUGAAGAAUGGGGCCGUCCGGCGCUUCGGCCAAACUAUCCAGGCCUCUUUCCGAGGCGAUGGCAAGUCGCCUGGCGCCCCCCAGAAGCCUUGCGGCAAAGUACCGGCCCCAACUCCACCCAAAAGGAGAAACAGCAUACUCUGGUCGGAAACGCUGGACAUUCACCAGAAGGGAACCUUCUCUACUAAGGAGAUCAAGCGACAAGAGGCCAUAUUUGAGCUGUCUCGUGGAGAACAGGACUUGAUCGAGGACCUCCAGCUCGCACGCAAGGCAUACCAUGACCCCAUGCUGAAACUCUCCAUCAUGUCUGAGGUUGAGCUCACACACAUCUUUGGCAAUCUGGAUGCCUACAUCCCACUGCAUGAAGAACUGCUGGCUCAGCUCUCCAAAGCCACCAGGCCAGACGGGACCGUGGGCCAGAUCGGACAAAUUGUCAUAAACUGGCUGCCGAGGCUUGAUGCUUACAAGAACUACUGCAGCAAUCAGCUGGCAGCCAAGGCGCUGCUGGACCAGAAGAAGCAGGACCCGCGGGUGCAGGACUUCCUGCAGCGCUGCCUCGAGUCCCCCUUCAGCCGCAAGCUGGAUCUCUGGAGCUUCCUGGACAUCCCACGCUCACGGCUUGUCAAGUAUCCCUUGCUGCUCAAGGAGAUCCUGAGACACACACCAGUGGACCACCCAGACAAAGGCAGCCUGGAGGAAGCGAUCACCAUCAUCCAUGGUGUUCUGUCUGACAUCAAUGUGAAGAAAGGAGAGUCUGAGUGCCAGUACUACAUCGAGAAGCUGGAGUACCUGGAAGAGAGGCAGAAGGACCCGCUCAUGGAGCAGUGCAGGAGCCUGCUGUGCCACGGGGAGCUGCGAAAUAAGAGCGGCACGAAGCUGCACGUGUUCCUGUUCACAGAGUUGCUCGUUCUGACCCGCCCUGUCACGCGAAAUGAGCGCCAGUGUUUCCAAGUGUACCGGCAGCCAAUCCCAGUGCAUGAUCUGGUGCUGGAGGACCUGCAGGAUGGAGAUGUCCGAAUGGGCGGCUCAUUCAGAGGCGCUUUCAGUAACGCAGACAAAGCUAAGAACAUUUUCCGAGUGCGUUCUCAAGACCCAAGCCAUUCUCAGUCCCACACGCUGCAGGUCAACGACAUCUUCCAAAAGCAGCAGUGGCUCAACUGCCUCCGCAGUGCCAUCUCCGUCCACCGUCCCUUCAGCGAGCCCUCCAGCCCCAGCCUCCCCCCGACCGAUGCCUGCCACAAGCGCCGCCCCUCCUCUGCCUCAGCCGUCAUCCACCUGGAGGAGCCGGACGAGAACUGCCUGCAGCCUGCAACCUCCCGGUCUGCUCCCAGCUCGCCCUGUAGCAGCAGCACCCCCAGCCCCACAUCAGCGUCCCCUUCAUCCCGCUCUUCAUCAUCAUCCCUACUCUCCAUGUCACACAAAAGCAAAAAAGACAAAAAAUUGAUUUGUUCUUUAGGAAAGAGAAAAGAGACAAUGGUAUGAGGGGAAUGGGGUUAGAAGCAGGACUCCUGAUGGACUUUGCGGAUUCCCUGACCUAAAACCGAACAGAGCAAAAAGGGACUUUUAUUUAUGUGUCUGCGUGCGUGCACAUGAUCACAACAGUGUUUUGUGUUACUGUCCUCCUCGGCAGCUAUUUUUUUUUACACCCUCCAUGAAAAGUGCAUCUAACAGAGACUUGAUCCUGGGGAAAUGCACAGCUUUGUCUGGCACACAAAGGGACAGAUGGCCAGAAAUCAACCAGGUUUAAUGCAAAUCUAUUGAUUUGGUGAAGAAAGGGGUGGUGCACCAUAUCCUGUUUACUAGCCAUGUGAUAUUUAAGCGCUAUUUUAAACCUGUUUUGGGCUAAAGAAAGUUUUACAUUUUUAUAAUCAAAAAUGUAUUGUAGGUUUUUUAGGUUUAUAUAAAGCAGCACUUUUUAACCUGUAGUGCAGAUUUUUUUUUAAGUUUUUGAGUGUGUUUAGGAAAAGAAAGAAAGGAAGUGAAUUUCUUGCAUCAGAAGAUGUCUUAUUUUGAUGACAUUCCUAAAAGAAGAUCUUUGGGACCUCGGACAUUCUUCACAGGCAUUAUAUCAAACAAAGGAUCAGCUUCUCAAGUGGAAGCACAGCAAUAACUAUCAGAUGUUCAAGUCAGAGUACAGACAAGCUAGAUUUUCAAGUUGUAAACUGAGCCAUGUUUUUAAGCUUUUUCCACAGAGUAACAGAUAACUUUUCAGUCAAGCAUCAAGAUGGGCCUUAAGCUGUGGUCAAGUUUCUGUGAGCAGAAUGUAGAAGAGAUGAAGAAGAGAGCAGAGAUGUGGUGGACAAAGUGGGUUUUGGACCUGAAAGAGAUCGUCAGUGCGAGACCGGACUCUCGCCUGUUGGUGUUGGAUGUAAGGAGGAUAAAACAGAUGGAGAAAGGAAGUAGGGGAGGGUUGAAGAGAGGUUUUGCACGUUUUAAGAAAAAGUUUUUGAAAAGAAGAAGCUUUGGUGCCGUGAAAGUUAUGGAUUAAAAAAAAACAAUAAAAAUCUGUGUAAGAUUUGAAACUCA